AUUCUAAGUUCAUUAAAUUAAUACAACAUGAGGCGUCGAGCGGGAGUCGGUGCAAUUCAAAAGCAGCGACUAGAACAAGAAAAAUAUCGAGAAAAAGGUUCAGAAAUACAAGAAAACCAGUUCCAACAGAUGUCGAAGCAAUUAGAAGUGUUUAGAGAAAAUUUGGAAGAAUUCGCGACAAAACAUAAGAGUGAGAUAAAAAAGAAUGCUCAGUUUCGAAGGCAAUUCCAGGAAAUGUGCGCUGCAAUCGGUGUGGAUCCGUUGGCUUCAGGGAAAGGGUUUUGGUCUGUUUUAGGUAUUGGUGACUUCUACUAUGAGCUGGGUGUGCAAAUAGUAGAAGUGUGCUUGGCAACAAAUUACAAGAAUGGUGGACUUAUUACAUUGGAGGAGUUGCGGACAAGGCUUAUCGCUGCUAGAGGGAAGGCCAAGAAACACCAGGAAAUCACCAACGAGGACUUACUAGCUGCUGUCAAAAAGUUGAGGAUAUUUGGCAAUGGGUUUACAGUAGUACCAAUAAGCAAGGGCAAGUGGCUGGUGCAGUCAGUGCCUGGCGAACUCAACCUGGAUCAAUCUCUUGUUCUGCAGAAGGCUAGCUCUCUUGGCAAUGCUUUCGUUUCUGUCAGCAUUCUUACUAGGGAUUUGGGGUGGAACGAAACGCGAACGGAAAGCGCUUUGAAUCAUAUGGUGAAGGAAGGACUAGCGUGGAUCGACACUCAGGGUAUCGAGACGCUCUACUGGUUUCCCAGUAUGUUCGCAGAGUGUGUGUCCGCGUGAUAGUGGAGUAUCUACUCUGUUUUAUUGUUGAUUGGAAUUUGAGUCGUGUUGACAAGAAUUCCAAGAAAUUUAUUUAUUUAUUAUCUGUUUCAUUUACUUUCUUUUCAUAAGAAUCAUCAUCUUGGUAUGUGACUGAUACCAUACAUCAGUUACUAGAGUACUUUAAAUGCUUGAUGACGAAAAUGUAUACCAAAAAUUAACCUUUUUUUUAUUGUAUUGUAGACUACAAAAACAGUUGU